AUGAGAGGCCGGGCAUGAAGUGCAACCCCGUCCAAUGAUUAUGCAGGGCGAGAGGUGAUAAUGACUUCCUAUCAAGAGUUAACGGCCGAAGGGGAGAGUAGCCCUCUGUUCACGGGCUGCUGCCGAGCAAAAGAGGUCAUAAACCGGGACCUGGACGGCACGACUCAUCAUGAACUCUGCAGCAUUCGUGACGCGGAGGGAAAACUGGAGGCAGACGUCGCCUCAGGAUUUGAUUCUCCGCAUCCCCGCUACUUAACUCUCUCCAACAGUUUGACUCUGUGCACCUCUUUGGACAGCCCUCCUCCUCCUCCUCCUCCUGCAGCUCCACAGUGCGAGACUCUCGAGGGCUUCUCGACACCGGCCUGCCCCCACUCGUCCCGUGUCCCCUGGCGGUGCAGGGCGCAGGGGCAGGGCUCUCCAGGACGCGGAUACUGCGCGUCAAACAACAACGAAACGCUACAAUCUGGGUUCGGGUCACUUACAGAGAAAAUUCAAAUCUACUCCCGUAAUGGCCCCGAGAUUCACGUCGCCACGGGGAGUUCAGCUGGCUCGGACUGUAACGCGGCUCAUGUGGAUGUAAGCAGAAAAACUUUUGAGUGGAUGAGAGUGAAGAGGAGCCAGCAGCACCGGGCGGCCAGGAUGCACAUGACCUGUGGGUUCAGUCUCGUUGGCUCGGGCCUCGGUGCUGUAGAGGCUGGAAGCAGCAGCAGCAGCAGCAGCAUCUGCACGGAUGGCCAUCCCUCGGUGAACGGGGCCCCGAGGACCAGCUUCAGCACCAGGCAGCUGACCGAGCUGGAGAAGGAGUUCCACUUCAACAAGUACCUGACGCGGGCCAGGCGCGUGGAGGUGGCCGGCGCCCUGCAGCUGAGCGAGACGCAGGUGAAGGUUUGGUUUCAGAACAGACGCAUGAAGCAGAAGAAAUUACAGAGAGACGGGCUGCUCGUAGACCCGGGCCCCGCGGCGCCACACUCACAUGCCGACACUUUGGACACCUGCCCCUCUCCUGGACCGCCCUCUCCACAACACCUGAACUCCUGAACCCGCGCACACACGCACGCGGCCCGCCCGCCUGCAGAUGUUUGCAUCGGCUUCAAUCAGGCUUCAGCUUUAUUUGCUUACCACGAUGGAUGCUUAUCGCAGUUUCUUCAUGCAAGAACGGGUCAAAACAAUUCAUCAUGCUCCCCCGGCUUCAGACUGGCGCUCUGAUUUGAAUAUUAAAAUUCAAGGCAUUGCAUCGCGCGCCUAUCUACACAAUGUAAACAAGGAAACAAAAUUAUAUUAAUUGUCCAUAGAAACUGUGGCACACUAUUUAUUUUGUACUAUUUAUCCAGGAACUGACUUUACCUGAAUAUAUUUAUUCAACAAGACACGUGUCUGCCAUUGUUUGACUUUUUUAUUUAUUUAUUGAAAGUCUACAUUUAAUAAUGUUUAUUCUAUUGGCACUGUCAAAAAAUAAAUUUUACCAUGUUUAUUAAUUAUUCCAACAUAUCAAACAACUGCUUUCUCAAUCAAUUCAAGUUGCAACAUUAUUUAUAUUUAUAUAUGUUUUAAUUUAUUUUAAAAGCUGUUUGAGGAAAAAGUCAGAUGCACCUGUUGUAGACAAAUCUUUAACAUGUUCGCAGAUUAUUAUUAAUAUUAUUAUAAUUAUUAUUAGGCUGCUUUAUUGCUGAAUAUUUUUGCCCGGUUUAAAGCUUUUCUUCCACGGAAAGAUUAAAACGCCAUAAUUGACUGAUAGAUUUAUUGAGCGCUCGUAUUAAGAGUAUUGAUCCGUGGUGAUUCAUCUAUUUGAGGCACAAAUCUGGGAGCAUUUGCAUGCAUCUGUAACUGCAUGUUAAUGGAAUGUAGAAACAUCACGACCGGGAGUUGUUGCGUCUUUUAUUACCUCCAUAUACAUGCAUCAGAAAAUGAUAAUUUAGCUUGAACACUCAUGCGGGAGAGCAGACAAUAAAACGCUGUCUGUGCUGUUUUGUAGAUCAACCAAUAAAUUGUGUGUGUGGCCCCAGCAGCAGCUUCCACAUUCACAUCUCAUCUCAUAGAAAGUAAAUGAUUGUAAACUCGGCCCUUAAACACUGUUAUGUUCCCGCUAUCGCAAUGCGUUUCUGUCACGUUAAUAUCAAGAUAUGAGCCCAUCAGCCGCACUAACUCUAUGUGAGGGAAUAUUGUUGU